AUGGCCGGCAUCAAGACCAUCAUAGGGUUGUCCUUCGUCCUGGCGAUCGGCUUCCUCCUUGUCAUCCUCUCCGCCGCGCUCUUUAAGAACUACCUCACGCUUCUCGUCGUCGCAACCUACGUAAUCGCGCCCCUGCCCAACUGGCUGUGCGGCCGCGCAGCAAACCGCGAUGAUUUUAUGGAAAGCACCGGAAAUGGUGUCGUCGACUUUGGACGGUUCUUGACAGGCUUCUUUGUGGUCAUGGGUAUUGCCCUCCCGACACUACUGUGGCAUUCGGCAGAGAUCGCGGGCGGCGCGGCGGCCAUGUCCAUCUUCGGCGGUCUUCUGAUAUACGCGACCAUCAUCAGCUUCACCCUGUUCUUCCAGGAGCAAGAAGACUUCUGA